AACAAUGUUGUGUGUUUGUGUAGAUGUGUAGCCAGCUCGAAUCAAAUUGCAUCUAAAAAGUAAAAAAAAAUAUAUUUGAAUACAUUUUAUUAUUCCGUUUUCUUGGAAAUUUAAACAAUCUAAUUUUUUUAGCGCAGAGGGAUUUCCCCGUAAUACAUUGCGCUGUGUGAUUGGUUACAACUGUGGCCUGUGUCUGGAAAGCAGACGACAUUACUUGUACACAAGGCUGCGCUACUCAUUAUGGUUUUACGAGAAAACUCAAACUUAGGCUGUAGCUUAUGUGUGGAAAUGUGGAGAUUUCUAUGAGGAAUCAUCUGUCUACGUUAGAUCUAACAACUGAUUGUAUUAGCCGCCAUUAUGGCCACUGCGGCUCCUGAUGAGCGUUGGAAGAGCCACAACAAGCAGGUCCUGGCUCAGGUCAAGCUCGGUGACCUACUGGAGUUUAAGAGAUUGAUGUACUCACACUGGGCGGUUUAUACAGGUAAAGACCAGGUGACCCACUUCGCCACCAAGUCCGGAGAUUUCAAUGCCAGCGAGGUACCAGAGAUCAGGGUCGAUGACGUACACAAGGUCACGGGCACCAGUCAGGUCCUGGUCAACAACGCUUUGGACAAGGAGCUCAGUCCGCUGCCAGUUAAAGAUAUUCUUGAGAACGCCAAGAGUAAGCUCGGGUCAAGGGGUUACGACCUUGUCUUUAGCAACUGUGAGCACUUCGCUACCUGGUGUAGGUACGGCAAGGCUAGGUCACUACAGUCGGACAAAAGUCUGGAGUUUGGAAAAAAAGUUGGCUCAGCUUUUAAAGACGCCGUUGCCAAAUAUGUUGCGAGUUCUAAAACUCCCCAGGGAAAACAAGCAGCUGAGGCCGUGCUGACCUUUUGUGAUGCCGUGUCCAAUUCUCUCAACUCUCACAUAGAGAGAAAGAGAAACGAAGAGCUCUCCAACCUCAAACAACAGCCAAAACCAUGACAUGACUGACAAAGGUCAUAACUGUCACACGUCAUAACUGCCACAUGUCAUCUCCAGUGUUUCUUCCAGA